CGCCAGCUCCUCCGCCCUCCAGAGAAAUUGCCAUCCCACAGCAAUAAGGACCCGCACCGAGCAGCAGAUAAACAAACAUGGGAACGUACCGAAACCCGCCGCCUUUGCUGCCUCCUUGAUGCUGCCACUUGCCCCUUCGAACCGCCGCCCUUUAAACCAUGUCGGGAUCGUUUAGCUGCCUAGCCCUGUUUGUCCUGUUUUGCUGCAAUGGGCUGAACGGUUCUACCGGGAGUAAGGCGACUGCAAAACCUACUGGCGUGGAGGCGCACAAUAAAACGGGGAGUCUGCACGCCCACCAUCAGCAGCAGCAGCAGCAUCAGCGGCAGCAAUCGGUGCUGCUCCCGGGACAGGGUCCAGGGUCCUCAUUCACCUUGAAGGUGCAGUUAAACGAUGUGGUCACUCGCCAUUUCCUGGACAGGGCCAUCGUUGACGUCUUUGUCAACUUCACCAAAACCAACACGGCCCUCAGUGAGGAUGGUGGAGGAGUGGUUUUCAAAGUACCGUACACGCUGGGCCUCCCUCUGACUGUCACUGCACGUAAAGAGGGCUACCUGCUUGCAUCCUUGCCCUGGAAAACCAGAAGAGUGCCAGUUUUUGCAGCCGUAACGCUUUCGAUGAUUCCGCAAAGCCGAGCAAACCUCUGGUUAUUCGAAGAUGCCAUCUUAAUAACAGGAGGGAAAAUUGAUGACGGAAGAUAUCCCAGCGUCCAGUUCCCAAAGGGGUUACUGAAACUUCCGAAGAAUACACAUGUUUCUAAUCUAACAGCCUAUCUCACAGCUCCCCAGCCUCCCUGGCAUACAGACAACUUCAUCCAUACAAUGGGAACCUUAAUGAAUAAAUCAAGGCUGAAGAGCAUCGAGCUGACUCCACUGGCUGCCAUUAAUGUUGAGUUGUUUGCUGCUGGUAAAGCGGUGAAGGUGACUGGGUCUGUCCACAUCACAUUGCCUCUUGGACCGACUGACCUGGUGACACAUGCGGAUGCUCUUCCAGCUUGGACUCUUGACCUGAAAAUUGGUGCCUGGGUAAACCGAGGACUCGGAACAGUUAGGAAAGAGGGUGGCCAGCUUGUCUGGACCUACGUAGCCCCUCACUUGGGACAAUGGAUAGCAGCCCCGUUACCAUUAACAACAGGUACAAUCGGUCGCAUUGCAAAAGAUAUGAGCAACUACCAUUCCACACUUCUGGUGGCCAUCUUGGGAGGCACUGCUGUGAUUCUUGCUGGAUUUGUCGGUGUGCUUUUAUGUUAUUGCAGAGGACGCUACCAUCAUCCACAUAAAAAAUCACAGAUCAAGACCAAAAUGGAUACCUCGAAGAAAGACCAGACCACAUCGACCAACCAUGUGAACGUGGCUCCUGGCACCAAGGAAAGUUCGAAGCCUGAUGAGAAGCCAACUUUGCAACAGUCUCACGCCAUCUCCUACAGUCCUCGAAGGGAAAUGUCUCAUAAAGAAGCCAAGGAAUUCUGCAAACUUGUGAAUAAAACCGCAGAGAAACAAAACAAUGAGAGCUGUCAAAUUUACGUCGAAAAUUUCACGGUCCGAUCUCGGAAAAAGUGCAUGGAUAACCUCUAUCAACAGGCAACCAACAGCCCAGAGGAUGUCCCCAAGAACGCGUUGCAGAUUAAACAUAUGAAAAUGCUGGCCCGGAGAAGGGAGAUGAUUGACGGGCAAUACAAAAUGCAGCACGCUGUUAAUGAAGAAAUGUACCAAUUACCUCUAAUUUCAAAUAAAUUGUUGCCUAUUUAUAACCCGACUGUUGCUAUCAUGCAAGCCCAAGAUCAUUUUGGCACUGCAGACCAGGUUUCUCGGUCGGCUACCUUGCCCCGAAACAGGCAGAUGGUGUACAGCCCGUUAGCCGAGCCACUCACCAGGGACAGCUACACACAGACACUUCCUAAAAUGCCGCUGCACUCCCAACAGCAGUCGGAAUCCCAGAGACAACACGUCCUUCAGGGGCAGCAGGCGUUGGAUCCCAAGUCUGCCAACUGGGGAAGGUACAACAACAACCUGCUGGAGUCCGUAUCUGUUCCUGGAACCUUGAAUGAGGCGGUGGGAGUGCCCCCGUUUGCUGCAGAACUGCAGGGCAUCUCCGAGCAGACGCUGCUGGAGCUGACCAAAAGCAAGCCUUCUCCUCACCCUAGAGCCUGGUUCGUGUCUCUGGAGGGCAAGCCGAUCCCACCCAUCAGACAUUCGUGCGUGCUCGUUCCCAAACCCAAGAAGGCCCACAGCAACGACACCAGUCUCGACUCGGGAGUUGACAUGAACGAGCACCACACCGGCAGGAGGCUGGAAAAGGAUAAAACUUGUGCCAAAAGCGGGCCGGCCUCGAAGAGCCUUUACUCGGAAGAUCUGGAGCUGAGCGGGAGUGAGAGCGGCACGGCAGUCUGCACCCCAGAGGAUCUCUCCUUCAGGCAAGUGCUGGACGGGGGCAGUGGCCACCUCGUGGAGGUUGAAGAGGAACAAAGUGACCAGAGUUUACAGGACGAGGAGAUCAGUGUGACCCCACCCCACAAACUGGGCCGCAUGAGUACUGAAGGUGAGGGGGACGAUAGUAAAAAAAGUGUUUGGCAGAAGAGAGAGGAACGACCUCUAAUCCCUCUAAACUAAGUCGAGUUGCUUUGCUUCCAGGUCUUCACGAUGGAACAAAAGCAUGUUUUUAGUUCUGUGGUUACGCAGGUUUUAUGCACUCCAUUUUAUUGUUGAUUACAAUUCAUUGUGCUGAAUAAAGACACUUUGUAUGUGUAUCUUCUAGAUCUUUCAUUAACUGGAAUAUACUGUAAAUACACACAGUUAUCAAACACCAAGAUAAGAGAAUGUUGUGCCCUUUAAACUUUGGUCCCCGAACCUAUUCAUAAAUUGAUUUUAAAAUGGUCUGAUAAGCUUCCAGUAUGUUUUACAAUUAAACCUUUGGUGUUCUUUCCUUUUUCUAAGUAAUUUCCCCUGACCUCUCACCUCUGCCACUGUGAAUCUUCGCAGUUGAAUCUGCUGUUGAUCUUUGACACGAAUUGUUGCUGAAAAUGUGUUAAUUACUACUUUUUGACAGCAGGUUGCUCUGGUUAAGUAUGAUAUGUGCCUGUAAGGAUCAAUUUAUGUGGUGCCCACAAGGGACUGAUCCAAGAAUUUAAUUAAAUUCAUACCAACAAGAACGUACUUGAUUUAAAACUGUAUUGAUAAACUCUCAUCCUCGGG